AAUUCGCCUCUCCCGUCAAGCGCCCCCUCUCAUUCUCAAGAUGCCCGCUGUUGCCACCCUCACCCCCGAGCAAAAGGACCGCCUCGUCAAGGAGUUCCAGGAGCUCGACCAAGACCACGACGGCAAGGUCUCGGCCCAGGACGUGAUCGCCCACCUCCAGCGCACGCAUCAGGGCCUCACCGGCCAAGCCCUGAGCGACGAAGUGACCAAGUUCAUCCGCCGCAUGGAUUAUAACCACGACUCGGUCAUCGAGGAGCACGAGUACCUCCUGAUUGGCAAGCGCAAGCUGCGCAAGGAGCUCCUGCUGCAAAAGUUCAACGAGAUCGACGCCGACCACAGCGGGUUUGUGUCGCUGGCGGAGCUCAAGUCGGUCUGGGGCGUCAACGACGACACUGCCCAGGACAUCCGCGAGCUUUUCGAGAAGGUGUAUGCGCACGCAGACCGCAACCAAGACGGACACAUCAGCUUUGGCGAGUUUUCGCGGCUGGACGAGAAGCUGGAGAGCCUGUUUGAGCUGGCGUAAGGAUGCACUUGCUGUAUCGAGCCGCCCGCUUUUGAACAAGUAAAAAAUGCACGUCUCGAGCUGGA